AUCGAAUCAUUGGCACCAGUCUCCCCACGACAAUUCCGCCUCUUCGAAUUUUUACUUGGAGUAUUUAAGUCCAUCGACCCUCCAAAGCUUCGAAAUGAGUCAAAGGGGCUUCCUGCCUCUACUUGUGGCUACCUCCAUCGGAGUCGCCGGUGGUAAGUCAACUUCUUCCCGCCACCGGAUUUUGCUACUAACGAGACAGGCAUGUAUACUUUUGGUCCUUUGAUGAAAGAAAAUAGUUGGGAAGCAAGACAAAAGUCCUUGAAGUAAGCUUGUCUCCGUCUUAGGCUCUGAUUGAUACCAUUCGUCAAAGCUCAUGUAAUACUACAGAGAAACUACUGAAACCGCCUCCGCCUCAAAAGUCUCAGAAGAAGGGUUGCAAAAAGUGGUUGCUGCUGAAGCUGCUGCUAGCAGAAAUGCAUCUACCGAGACUGUCCUGAGCGCAAAUGCACCUUCAAUCUCUCGGUGGCAAAGUAUGGGUGGAUGGUUGUGGGGGAGUGGUACGAAAGACUCUCAGCCGAGUAAAAGGUCAAAUGAAGCACCAACUACUGAUCCGGAGAAGAAAGCUUGAUAUUUCGAAAUAAAAUGUAUAUUAUGCGCUACGGAAUGCCCACGCUUACUUCAUGCACGAUUAUCAUGUAGAGAGUGAGCAGACCGUCAUGUGUAAAACAAUACCGGUGGUUUGGAGCCUAUUCCCUAGGAUGACCGAGCCUCAAUCGGAAGACGGUUUCUUUCGGCGUCUCUUUAUGAGAGUUAUUGGUGAUUCAGUUGGUUUCGGAAGUUUUUUUUGUAUGACUAACAUGCAAUAGUCUUAAACUGAAUUCACUAGCCUCAAACGGGGGAAGAAUAAGCAUGUAAUACGAUAGAG